GUUCAGCAUUCGCAGCGGUGGUUUUACGGUGGACGUGUGUGGCGCAUGCCCUUUGCUCUAUGGAUACGUGUGUUAAUAAGUGAAGAACAGAACUCUGCAAAAUGGCUAGAAACCUAAUGAUGAGCUUUGUUGGUCUGCGUAAACUUCAGAGGAGCCUUGUAUGGAAAGAGUCUCGUCUUUAUUGCCACACUGGAGUCGACCCAAUUACACUGAGUCAACACAACGGAAUCAGAAGAAUUACAUUGAAUAAUCCUAAAAAGAGGAAUGCCCUUUCCCUGUUCAUGUUGGAAUCACUUCGUAAGAGCAUCCUCAGUGAAACCGGUAGUGAAGAUCUUCGAGUCAUUGUAUUAUCAGCCAACGGACCCGUAUUUUCCUCGGGUCAUGACUUAAAGGAACUGACAUCCGCUCAGGGAAGAGGGCAUCAUACAAAAGUAUUCAACACCUGUUCAGAGGUAAUGAGCCUUAUUCAAGAUAUACCAGUCCCUGUUAUUGCCAUGGUGAAUGGUGUGGCCACAGCAGCAGGCUGCCAGCUUGUUGCCAGCUGUGAUAUUGUAAUAGCUUCAGAGAAAUCCACUUUUGCUACUCCAGGUGUUAAUGUGGGUUUAUUCUGCUCUACACCAGCCGUAGCUAUUGGAAGAUCUAUGCCCAGAAAGGUUGCACUGGAGAUGUUGUUUACAGGAACUCCCAUCUCGGCCCAUGAUGCUUUGCUGCAUGGUCUGGUGAGUAAGGUUGUACCAGAAGAUCGAGUGGAGGAAGAGACUCUGGCCAUUGCCCACCGCAUAUGUCAGGCGAGUCAACCUGUUGUGGCUCUUGGCAAAGCUACUUUUUACAGACAAAUGGCACAAGGUCGAGACGCUGCGUAUGCUAUUGCUUCUAAAGUGAUGGUUGAUAAUCUGGCUCUCAGAGAUGGACAAGAAGGAAUCAGGGCUUUCAUAGAAAAACGUAAACCUGUUUGGAGUCAUAAAGCAGAGAAAGCUCACGACUGAGGGACUGCAACUCUGCACAAUUCUGCUUUGUCAGUGUGUAUAGCCAAGACAUGAAAUAAUAAUUAAAAUGAUAAAAUCAUAGAUACAAGUGAGGUUCUAAUGUUUUGCUAUGUAAUAGUAUUAUUAUAGUAGUAUAAAACAAAAUGAUAUAUUUUACAUAUAUAUUUCUAAUAGACUUAAAUAAAGUUGUAAGUAUCUUGGUACCUUAACGUAAGUAAUGCAGAGAAAAUUAUAUGGCACAGAGCAGUAAUAAGGAAUAAUGUUGCUUUUCAGAAAUUAAUCUGAAUGGUCUGUUAGCUAAAUAAAAUAUAAUGUUGAAUGUGACAGAUUGUGAACAGAAGCAUUUAAGAAUAAUUCAUGAAAUUAGGUUUUGUAUAAAAAUCUAAUUAGUAGAAUCAAUUGAAAUCUGUAUCCAAUAAAAAAAUACACUGGC